AGCAUCGUCGGGAUCGCGCGACGACGCCUCGCGGUAACAGGCAUCGACGCGCAGAUGUUAGUCGAAACUCGCGACUGAGACGCAUCUCGUCGCGCGUGUAGCCAACGAUUUUGGAAUCUCGGUGGAUUUUACAUUUACGGCCGAGGGGGAUGAACACGAGCGGAAGAUAGAGGAGAAGGCGAGACAAAUGUGUCUAGUCGCGGCGUGACACGCACACACGCGGGCAAAGACGACGAGAAGGAAAGAGAGGGAGGAGGAGGAGGAGGAGGAGGAGAGGAGAGGAGACGACGGGAGAGAAAGAGACAGAGAGAACAUAGUUGAUAUAGCGUGGAGUGUGUAUCGUCGCGCCGCACCUGACAGUCCACGCGGCCUCUCGCGAAAACCCCCCCGUCGAAAAACACACUCUCUCGCCACGCUAUAUACAAAACGAGGACCGCGCCGUGUUUCACUCGGAACGCGAGCGCCAUUGGCAAUGUCGGGAAGUGACAGCCCAACAUUCUUUCACGGCCAGCCCUGGUCAAGCUGGAUCGAAAGAAUCGGACGAGACAAGCCGCUGAGUGAUGAAGAGACAGAAACUCAGCCCUCAACCUCAGUCACGCGUCUUUCUGCAGAAGAUAUUGAUCUGUAUGGCUUCUGUCCAGAAAGAGAUACUUUUUAUGGGGUUGUAUGUGAAAUAUGCAAUUCCAUAGUGAAGCCACAAGCUCUCAUUCAGCAUAUGGAGAGCCGUCAUCCUUCCGGCACGGCUUUUCCACCUCCUUCAACCCCGACCACAAAACCGCCCGUAAAAACCCCUUACUGCAAGUUGUCAAAGCUGAAGAAAACUGCUCAGUCACCAGCUCCUUCAUCUUCAUCUACUUCUUCCUCUUCGAUUCCCACUAUUGCUGGUGCGAAGCUGAACCAUACGACCGUCAAGCGUAUCGCGGACCAAGCGAGUUUGACUGCGGGUGUCUCGGUGCCGAUCUCCUCGUCGCCCCGAUCACCACUUGAGACCAUCACAGUGCAGACAACGUCUCCCAAUGUGGCCGGACCUUCUAACGUCGUCGUCGUCGCGUCAACUAACACCGUUAACAGUCCGGGAAAAAGUCCCGGACCUAGCAACAGUGGAAGCAGUAGCAGCAGCGGCGGUGGUAGCGGAAGUCAGCCCCGACGGAAGAGGCUUAAAACGGACAGGUCAUUGCUCAAGGACCGCGAGUAUGAUCCAGACCGUCACUGCGGGGUCUGGAACGAGGAGACCGGCAAGCCCUGCACCAGAUCGCUCACAUGCAAAGCGCACACGGUAUCGCUACGCCGAACGGUCGUCGGGCGCAGCAAAACCUUCGACAAGCUUCUCGCGGAGCACCGUGCCGCGAAGGAGCAGCCGAAUAGCGGCGGCAGCCGACAGACGACGAAGGUGACGGUCGCCGGCACGGUCACCGUCUCCUCGACCGCCGCCGCGUCCGGUCUAAACAAUCCUCUUGCUCCCAAUACUCCAGUAUCCAUCGUCGAGCCGGAAGCGCCAAGUUCGCCGCCCGUACUAUCGCUGCCAGACACGUAUCCAUUGCCAAAGCAGGCUGUUGAUUUUCUUUAUCGGUGUCUGGCCCCGCAUGGCUCCGCUAAACCUACCAAACUCGAAGAUGACUUCGUUAACGCAGAUGACCUGCGGAAUCUGGAGUCCACUUUGGUCAAUUCUACCAUCGUAACCAGCAACGCCUCGCAGCAGCAGACAAGCUCGAUGAUGACGCCGAUAUCGGUGAUGCUGCCGUCGUUGUCGCCGUUGCCAGGCAACAACAGCGAGGACUCAGGAGUUGCCACUUUGAUACCAAGUACCACUACAACAUCUGCGAUGCCGGUGGUACCGGCACCACUGCCAGCUACCUGCGUGCAACCUCCUACGAUAGUCACCACUGUGCUCGAGGGCGAGACACCAGUGGACAUAGAUACCGAAACGAUGACCAUGUACUCGCCAGUUUACGCCACUAAGGAUACCAAGUCGCAGCUGGUGAUGCAGAUACAAAGACCAAACAGUCAUUCGUCGCAAUCGCCCGUUUCGGUCAGGAGUUACCAGCAGAUGCAGGCUUCGAUGCCGAGUCUGAACAUGUUCGAACCCGUGGAGCAGUUGGAACAACAGCACGCCAGUCAAAUCAACGGCAAGAGGUUGAAUCACGCUACGAGCCCGGUAUUGUCGCGACAGAGGAAGCAGCACAAGUCGCAGCACGACCUGUCGUCGUCGUCGUCGUCGUCAUCUUCGUGCCUGUCACAAUCACAGGACUUCUCUACGUCGAUUCAGGUCGAGGCGACAACCACGUCGUCGCCAUAUCCUCAUUUCGCCGACAUUUCCUGGUCAAACUGUCAUCCGGAGCCACUGGCGGUCAGCCGAUGGCUUCGCAUCUCAUCCACUCGUAAGCAGUACAACUUCAAUAUUCACUGACACAAGACCCCACCCACCCCGGGCUGAGGACGGUGCGCCGCGGGCGUCGUUUGUCUACCUCCUUUCCUUUGCGAGAUCCUCUUCUCCAUCGCCGCCCAUGUCGUUAUCAUCCUAGUCGUCGUCGCCGCCACAGUCGAUGUCGCGUCCGCAGCCCGCCGAGGAGGGAAGGUUCUUGUUUUUACCGCAACCAUCACGAAGUGAGUAUUUCACGCACCGGGAUCGAUCGUUGAGGAAUCCUGUUUGUUGACGCCCUAUGGACGACAAUUCCAUCGAAUCUCUGAAAAUGCGCGACGUGAUUCUUCUUCGCUCUCUCGCGCGCAAUAUCGCGCAAUAUCGCGCAACGAGAAGAGCCCUCAGCCUCCGAUCACGAGUAUCGUCGUGGGACGUUUAAAGAAAGAUUCUCGACCGACGACAUCCGGUGAAAAUUUCGUUGUCUGGACGUGUACCUGAACCCACGAAACUCCACGAGGUGGAACACAACGGGUUGACGUAUAUCCCACAAUUCCUGUUUACUCGGCGAAUUUGUAACGUAGGAUAGGAAGAAAAAGAUUUAAGAUAGAAUGAGAGAAUGUGCAAAUGAGAAGAGCGAUUGAGAGCAUUGUGAUAAAACGAAUGAACGACAACAUCUGCGAGAGAGACAUGUCUAACAAAAUUUUUGCACGCAACACACAGAAUUUUCGCAGCACGUAGUUUUACCGUUAUGUGACUUAUUAAAUGCAACUUCUUACACGCGUCGCGGAACAUUCCUUCAGUCUCGCCCUUUUUCUCGGCGACGCGCGUUAUCAGAUCUGCGAAAGCUGCGUCGAACGUGUUUUUUGUUACGUGAUUUCUAGGUGCUCUUCAGAGAUAGAUGUUUGCGUUUGUUUUUUUUUUUUUUUUAUGUAUCGGAAAUGGUAUGAAAACGUUGUGAUUUUUCAAUAUACUAAAUCUUUUGGUAAAUCCUUCGUAAAUACCAAAAGCAAUCAAUAGCGAUGUACGCUUAGUAUAUUCUAGUUUGUUCGUGAUUUUUACUCGAGUGUAUAGUCAAAAUUAUACAAUUAAGUAUCGCGAUAUCAUGAACAUUUUUUUUUUUUUUUUGUUAUUCCGAAACGUAUUAUUGCGGGAAUUGUUUUGGGGGGGAGUUUUCUCUUUGAAGACUUGAGAUUUUUUUCACACAAAACACACGCAUCCUUGCACAUCGUUUAUUUUUAAGGUUUUAAAGUCCAAUUUGAACGUAUAUAUCACGCCUCUUCGUAAUUUAUUUGAGUAGUAUGUACGUUUGUCAGGCUUGGAAGACUUUCAGCAAGUGAAUUCGUAUGUAUGCAUUAUCUGUAUAAUGAUUAUUUUUUACAAUGUAAUUGAUUGAGCGCCGCCACGUGGGCGUCGCGCCCCGUUUCUUUCGAAUUGUAUAUGAAUUUUGUAAAUAGAGACCGCAGAUUAUGUAU